CCACGUUGCCAGGCGACGGCGGCGGCGCCCGCGCAGGCGCAGUGAGCAGCGCCGCCCCCGCCAUGGCCGAGGCCGCCAUGGCCGCGCAGGUGCCCCCGGACGAGGACGGGGACGAGUGUCUGCCCCAGUACCGGCACCUGCUCAGCCCCGACCUGCUCGAGGGCCAGGUGGCCUUCAUCACCGGCGGCGGCUCCGGCAUCGGCUUCCGCAUCGCCGAGAUCUUCAUGAGGCACGGCUGCCGCACCGUCAUUGCCAGCAGGAACCUGCAGCGGGUGGCCGAGGCCUCGAAGAAGCUGGUGGCAGCCACAGGGCAGCAGUGCCUGCCCCUGUGCAUCGACGUCCGGCAGCCCCAGACCAUCGCGGCAGCGGUGGACGAGGCACUGCAGGAGUUCAAGAGGAUUGACAUCCUCAUUAAUGGUGCUGCAGGGAACUUCCUGUGCCCAGCCAGUGCCCUGUCCUUCAACGCCUUCAAGACAGUGAUAGACAUCGACACCAUGGGCACCUUCAACGCCUCCAAAGUCCUCUUUGAGAAAUAUUUCCGGGACCACGGCGGGGUCAUCGUUAACAUCACGGCGACCCUGAGCUACCGAGGGCAGGCCCUGCAGGUGCACGCUGGGGCUGCCAAGGCUGCCAUAGAUGCCAUGACCCGUCACCUUGCAGUGGAGUGGGGACCCAACAACAUCCGUGUGAACAGCCUGGCCCCCGGCCCCAUCUCGGGCACCGAGGGCUUCCGACGCCUGGGUGGGAAAUUUGCUGAGAAAUCCAACCAGUUCUCCGUGAUCCCGCUGCAGCGCGCGGGGAACAAGACUGAGAUCGCGCACAGCACCCUGUACCUGGCCAGCCCCCUCUCAUCCUACGUCACCGGCACCACCCUGGUCGUGGAUGGUGGGAGCUGGCUCACCUCCCCCAACAGCUUCUCUGCCUUGCUGGGUAUUGCCUCCUCCUCUGCUAAACUCUAGAUGUCUGGGCUGCAGGAGCAAACCAGCCCCACUGAUGGGCAGCCUGGGACUGAGCGACGGACAGACGUGACCUGGGACACCGUGUGGGGACAUCUCCCAGAGCCAGUGCUGACAGCCACAGCCUCUCCUCGGCCACUGGUGGUAGUGGUGACACUGCCAGUCCCGUGCCUGCCUGGGGGACACAGCUCUGGGGUGCUGGGUGGGGACCAAGCCCAUCCUGUGCCAUUGCUGCCUUCUGAGCUGGUGUGGCUGUGGGUGCAGAGACAGCUUGGAGGGCUGAGAUGGUCACUGGCCCUUUGUGGCUCCCUCCAAGCUGCUCUUGUGGCCUUUCCCAAGCCCCAAGCAGGGCCACCCAUGGGUACCCGUCCUCUUUCUCCUCUAUCUUAGCCUGAGAACUGCACAAGAGCCCCAGCAGCAGCAGCUCCUUUUUGGGAGGGGCAGCAGCUCAGCCCGCCUGGGGUCGGGGUCACCCAGCGUGGUGGGCCCAGUUCUGCCUUGGCAACUCUUGGAGGGGAAACCCUGGCAGGGGGAGGUGGCUGUGUCCCCUGAGGGGUCCUGGGUGGGACAGUGGUCCUGGGAGGCUGCCAGGAAUGCAGCUGGGACGCCCCUCUCCCGGGAGCAGAGGUGGUGUGAGGGUAGAUCCCAGGUCCCGUUCUGCACUGCAGGUGUCCAGUGGUCUGUCCACACCCAUCUGUCUGUCACACCAGUGUCACGCUGUCUCCUGCCCGACCCUCAAGCUGAGGCUAAGUGAAGGGCUAGAACUGGAAUGCAGUCCUUUCCUCCUGCUGGGCUGCAGGAGCCUCAGCAGGGCUGCACGGAUGGUGCUGCUGGAGCCAGCCCUGUCCCUGGUGCUGGUGCCCCGGGGGACACACGCUGCUCGUGUGCACCCUCCUGCUGCUGCUGGUAGUUUUUAGGCUCACCCUGGAUCCCAUGAAGCUUGUUCUCCCACUUAAUUGUAUUUCCUACUUGACUGUAGACUUGCCAGGUUUUACUCCUUCCUCCAGGCCACAAAUAAAGAACUUGCCCCCUGAA